ACUUCCUGAGCCGUAGCGCAGAGUCUCCGCACUCAAACAGCACCAAACCGCUGUGUGUGUCCUAAUUAUCUCUCACAAUGAGAGAAACACACGCCAUAUUUCAGCUCGGGGAUAAAUGAAGCCCAUUUCUGAGGGGUUGGUGCUGAAACUUAAGUGUGCCAAGAAGAAUCAUGAACCUCCAUCAGGUGCUCACGGGCGCCGUCAACCCUGGAGACAACUGCUUCUCUGUGGGACGCAUACACAACCAGCCCUUCACGGCGUACGCAUCUGGCUGUGACAUCGUGAUUCUGGGCAGUGACUUUGAAAGGAUUCAGAUCAUCCCAGGAGCCAAUCAUGGCAACGUUCAGGUGGGCUGCGUGGACUGUUCACCACAGGGCGGACAGAUCGCAGCGUCGUACGGGAACAUCGUGUGUGUGUUUGAGCCGCUGGAGGUCAGUCCGGAGGGGAAAGCUCAGAAAAAGCUGAAUUAUCAGUGGCAGAAGAGUGGGCAGUUUGCGCUUCCAUCCACCGCACACAUCCUGACCUGGCAUCCCAGCGGGUCGUGUCUGCUGACGGGCUCGGUGUGUGUGCAGCUGUGGUGUGACGUGUGUUUCAGCACACACACUGAAGAUGAAGCUGCCGCUGAGCUGCGCUCCUGGAGAUGUGUGUGGCAGUGCAGGUCUGCCGCUCCCACGCACUUCAUCAAGUUUUCCCCUGAUGGAGAGUUUUUCGCCACCGCAGGACAGGACGACUGUUUGGUGAAGGUGUGGUACAGCACCAGGAAAUGGCAGACGGACGUCACCAAACUCUUCAGCCCGCCGGAGCUGCCGUCUGCAGCCGAGAGCAACUUCUCCUUCAUCUAUCUGGCACAUCCACGCUCCGUUACAGGCUUCUCCUGGAGGAAGACCAGCAGAUACAUGCCCAGCGGCACCAUGUGUAACGUGCUCCUGACCUGCUGUAAGGACAGUGUGUGUCGCCUGUGGGCUGAAACUCUGCUGCCCAGCGACUGUCUGCUAUCAGGACACAAUCACAGCAGCACCGACCCGCUGAAGAACAACAACAGGAAGAAGAGCAGCGCCAGCAGCACCCGCACGCACAACCACAGCCCGCUGGAGCUGAACCUGAAGCAGGCGUGGAGAGAUGAGGUGCGCUCUCUCUCUCAGCUCUCCUACUCGGGCCCUCUGCCACAGCAGCAGAACAAACACUACACACACCGACCCAAGAUCCUGCACGCCAACGCACUCUGCCACUUCCACAUCGCGGCCAGCAUAAACCCAGCCACAGAUAUCCCUCUUCUACCCUCCAUCUCCUCCAUGAUUGGCUGUGAUGAGGAUGAUGCGUGCGGAUCCUUCACUGUUCAUUGGCUGAAUAAUAAGGAGCUGCACCUGACGCUGAGCAUGGAGGUGUUUCUGCAGCAGCUGAGGAGCAGCGCAGAGCCCAACACACACACACAGCACUGCGAUGCAGAUGCGAGUGCAGCUGUGGGCUCCUCCAGUCCUCCCUCAGGCGCAGCAGCAGGCGGUGCAGCAGUGGAUCAUCAUCUGGAUCUGCUGCUGUCAGACUGGAACAGAGCUGCUGAUAUGCUCUUCUGCAUUCACCCCAUGGACGGAUCUCUGCUGGUGUGGAACGUGGACUGGCUGGACGAGUACCAGCCCGGCAUGUUCCGACAGGCGCAGGUGUCGUUCGUGUCCAGGAUCCCGGUGGCGUUCCCCACGGGCGACGCUAACUCUCUGAGCGGCAGUGUGGUGAUGUACGCCUGCAACAGGAACGUGGAUCUGGCACUCCAGCAGGGGCGUCAGCGGCCUGCCGGCCUGCACUCGUCCUCCGCCCUGAUCACCCAGAACAAGCCGUCUAGCAGCAGCCUGCGCCUCAGCAUCUUCACCCCGAGUGUCCUGAUGAUCUCCAAACACACAGACGGAUCCCUCAACCAGUGGGCAGUGAGCUUCGCCGAGGACUCGGCCUUCUCCACGGUGCUCAGUGUGUCCCAUAAGUCCCGGUACUGCGGACACCGCUUCCACCUCAAUGACCUGGCCUGCCACUCGGUGCUGCCGCUGCUGCUGACCACCUCACACCACAACACCCAGAACCAGACCCAGACCCCAUCCCCGACCCAGACUGCGUCCCGCAGGAGCAGAGUGGCGUCGGGUGGCGUGGGCCAGGACCCCAGUGCAGUGUACAGUGAGCUGAUCCUGUGGCGAGUGGAUCCUGUCGGGCCGCUCUCCUUCUCUGGUGGCGUCUCAGAGCUGGCGCGGGUCAACUCUCUGCACACCUCUGCAUUCUCCAAUGUGGCCUGGCUGCCCACGCUCAUCCCCAGCAACUGCCUCGGUGUGUAUGGGAACUCACCCAGCGCCUGCUUCAUCGCCAGCGACGGACACUCGCUCAGACUCUACCAGGCCAUUAUUGAGGCCAAAAAACUGCUGAGUGAACUCUCUAACCCCGACAUCUCUAAAUAUGUGGGAGAGGUGUUCAACAUCAUCAGCCAGCAGUCCACGGCCCGACCCGGCUGCAUCAUCGAGCUGGACGCCAUCACAGAGUUUCAGGGGAAGGAGACGCAGAUGCUGCAUGUGUUUGAGGAGGAGCUGAUCUUAGGAAACCACAACACAGAGGAGGAGGAGGAAGAGGAGUCUGUUUCCAGGCAGACGCUGUUCUCGGCGCGGUUCUUCCUGGUGGUGGUGGAGAUCACGCAGAGCCGCAGGUCACUCCUGCACAUGUGGCAUCUACAUCUCCACGCAGAGCCCGUCAGCAUGGAGCAAACUCAGCCUCCAGCAGAAAAGCAGACGGUCUCUCCAUCAGCCCAGUUUAACUUUGAGUCGGUCGGUUCCUCCAGAUCUAAACUGAGCACCUCCAACCUGCAGAGCGCCUGCCGUCUCAGCCUGACCAGCAGCAGAGUCUACAGCCAGGAGAUGCAGCUCCCGCAGGGGGUGGAGGUCCUACGGGUCACACCGGCUGCAGGUCACCUGAGCUCCUCGUCUCUGCAGCCGGCUGGUCAGGCUCCGUAUCUGCUGGCCACCUCCUGUUCAGAUGGCAGCGUGCGCUUCUGGAGGUGCAGCGCUGCGUGUGCAGAGCGCACAUAUGUGUGGGAGGAGUGGCCUCUGCUGGUGGGGGCAGGCGUGGCCAACAGCAGCGCACUGAACAUGUGCGGAGCGAUCGCAGGCCUCAGCUGCUGCCACACCAGCAGAAUCGCCGUCGCACACCGCAGCGCACACACACACCUCAGCGCAGACACACUCAUGCAUAUCAGCAUCUUCCAGUGCGAGUCCACCGGCGGCUCCCAGUGGAUCCUGGAGCAGAAGCUGACAGUCAGCGGAGACGCAGAGAAACUCAGCGAGAGUUUCAUCAAUAAUAAUAAUAAUAACAUCAUAUCUAAAGGCAUCAGGAAGCAGGUGCACCUGGACUGGGUGUCCAGAGAGGACGGCUCUCACAUAUUAACUGUAGGUUUAGGGUCGAAGCUCUACAUGUACGGGCUGCUCUCUGGAAAGCCUCCAGAUUUGGGCUCCUCAGACUGCAGCAGGGAGCUCCGCUUCUGCCGGUUGGUGCUGCUCAGGGUGGUGGAUCUGGUGUCGUCUGUCGAGGGAUCUCCACCUAUUCCUGUGUCUCUGUCCUGGGUGCGGGACGGGAUCCUGGUGGUGGGGAUGGACUGCGAGAUGCAUGUGUAUUCUCAGUGGCAGCCGGCCUCACUGCACACACACACACUCAGCAGCAGCUCUGGCAGUGCUGCUUCUCUGAAGCAGGACGGACUGAGCCCGAACCCUAGUAAGAAGACUCUAUCCAGGUCCAUGAGGAGUCUGGCACAGAAGCUGAGCGGGAAGAGGACGGUGCUGGACCUGCCGCAGGAGAUGCAGGACUGUGGGCUGUUCGAGGCGGCGCAUCAGCUGUUCCCUACACUGCCGCAGUACCACCCCGUGCAGCUGCUGGAGCUCAUGGACCUGGGCAAGAUGCGGCGCGCCAAAGCCAUCCUGGCACACCUGGUGAAGAGCAUAGCAGGAGAGGUGGUGUCCCUGAAGGGUCAGGAGCGGCGUGUGCGUUCUCUCACCAUCAGCACGAGCGGCAGCACCACCCGCGACCCGCGAGAGAUGUUCAGCCGGACAGAGAGCGCAGACUACACCGAGAUCGACUCCAUCCCGCCGCUGCCGCUGUACGCACUGUUAGCUGCUGACGAGGAGACGGCCACCAAUGCGAACGAGCACACUGACGCCCUGACGGACGGUGUAUCAGCCCAUGGUGUGCUCACCUCCAGCCACAAAGAUGCGUAUGAUGAGCUCUUCAUGGCCAGCGGGGGCGCUGUGGAGGAUCUGGACCCGUUUGAUGAUGGUGACGAUGAUGAGAAUGAUGCAAAUGCUAAAGUGAUCGACCUGUCCAAAUACAGCCCUGUGUUCUUCGGGCCGGAGCAGGCUCAGGUGCUGUCGGGUCACCUGCUGCACUCCAGCCUGCCGGGGCUCUCGCGGAUGGAGCAGAUGUCUCUGAUGGCGCUCGCUGACACCAUCGCCUCCACCAGCACCGCCAUCGGGGACAGCACAGGUGGAGAGACGCUUGAUGAAUGUGGGCUGAAGUUCCUGUUAGCUGUUCGUCUGCACACGUUCCUGCUGACAUCUCUGCCUCCGGCUCACCGCGCUCAGCUCCUCUGUCAGGGUCUGUCCACGUGUCAUUACGCCUGGGCGUUUCACUCAGAGGCAGAGGAGGAGCUGCUGAACCUGCUGCCGGCGCUGCAGAGAGGAGAGCCGUCCUGGCCUGAGCUCAGGGCGAUGGGUGUGGGCUGGUGGCUCCGCAGCAACAACAAACUGCGCAGAUGCAUCGAGAAGGUGGCUAAAGCUGCUUAUCAGAGAAACAACGACCCGCUGGAUGCUGCGCUCUUCUACCUGGCCAUGAAGAAGAAAGCGGUGGUGUGGGGACUGUACAGGUCUCAGCAUAAUGUGAAGAUGACGGCGUUCUUCAGUAAUAGUUUCAGUGAGGAGCGCUGGAGGAGAGCGGCGCUGAAGAACGCCUUCUCUCUGCUGGGGAAGCAGCGCUUCCAGCACUCUGCAGCCUUCUUCCUGCUCGCCGGAUCACUCAAAGACGCCGUCGAGGUGUGUAUAGAGAAGCUGCAGGAUCUCCAGCUGGCUCUGGUCAUCUGUCGGCUGUAUGAGUGUGACUUUGAGAUGUCCUGCUCCUAUAAGCGGAUCCUGCAGAGGCAUGUGUUGGGCCAGGAGCAGAUCUCAGCCAAUCAGGACCCGUUCCUGCGCAGCAUGGCCUUCUGGGUACUGGAGGACUACAGCGGAGCUCUGGACACACUGCUGGAGGAGCCGCAAGCUGACGGAAGCAGCGUGUCUUCUUCCUGUAACCCUGAGGUGUUCAACUUCUACCUGUACCUACGCACACACCCUCUGCUGCUGCGUCGGCACCUGGGCUCUGCAGGGGCAGCCGGUGUGGGUCUGCAGGGCGAGGGCCGGCCGCUGGACUCCAUCAGUCUGACCGAGCGCAGGCUCUUCUUCACGGCUGCGUACGCUCACCUGCAGGCCGGAUGCCCCAUGCUGGCUCUGGAAGUGCUCUCCAAGAUGCCCACGGUGGUGAAGAGCUCCGGGAUGCACAGCGCCUCUGCAGGCCUGGAGAAGAACAGCAACCAGAGACAGCAGACGUCGGCUGUGGACUGGUCUCCGACAGUGCAGAACGGGCUGGACUCGGUGUCGUCGCUGUCGUCUCCGCGUGAGGUCAGUCAGUCGGACUCAGUGCUCAGUUUCGACUGGAGUCAGCCCUCCGUCACGCUGCAGGACGAGCCGCUGGAGCUCCACUGGGAGGAUGAAGAUGAUGAGGAGGAGGAGGAAGAGUCGGGGCUGGCCAUGAAGAGCAUCCAUCCAGACAGAGACCACAGCCUCACACCAGAACAAGCCGCGGCGGCGUCCCCCUCGUCCCCGUGUGCGGACAGCAGCAGCAGCAGUGGUGUUGUUCUCCCCCUGAGCUCCGACAUGCUGGCGGCGCAGCUGAAGUUCAGCUCCUGCCUGAAGAUGCUGACGGCGGAGCUGCGGACGCUCUCCACAGGCUGCGAGCUGGACGGAGGGAAGCUGCGGCACCAGCUGAGUGUGUGGCUGGAGCGCGAGGUGGCGGCGCUGCAGACCAGCUGCGGGUACAACCCUCUGCUGGAGCCGCAGCCGCAACACCGGCGCAGACACUGGCUGCAGAGGAACCAGCCGCUCCUGCGCAUCUUCCUCAGCUACUGCAGCCUGCACGGCUCACACGGAGGAGGACUGGCUUCUGUACGCAUGGAGCUCAUACUGCUGCUGCAGGAGUCACAGCAGGAUGGCGGUCUGCAGGUGUCAGUCCCCGCUCCUCAGCAUCUCUCCGUUCCCCUUUUCCUGGCCUGGACCGCCAGCUCUAAAACAGUGGUGGCCAAUCCCAUAAUGCACCUCACCAACCUGACCCACGACGUCCUGCACACCAUCACGGCUCUGGACGCCCCGCCACACCCGGACCUCAUCAAUAAUGAGAUCUACGUGAUGCACACACUGGCGGCGUCACUCUCCGCCUGCAUCUACCAGUGUCUCUGUGAUGGACACAACUACAGCCAUGUGAACCCAUUCACGGGCAGCUCGUACCAGAGUGUCCUGCUUACCCAUCAGUCCUCAGUGCGGAGCGGCAGUGUGGAGGACUCAGUGCUGCCUGACACCAUUCCCUCACAGUGGCCUGGUGUAAGUGUCCUGAUGCGUCUGCUCAGUGCGUCUGGAGAGGAGAAUCAGCCAGGUGUGUCUGUGCUGCUGUGCGAGAUCCUCACUGCAGUCUUCCUCAGUCUGUUCGUUCACGGUUUGGCCACGCACUCCACACACCAGCUUUACCGCACCGUCGCGCACCCGCUCAACAGCAGACUCUGGGUGUCCGUGUUCGGCGGCGGGGCUCGUAAUCCUGCACCCCAAAAACCAGGAUCGCCAUCAGUGGAGGAUUCGGAGCGCAGACAGCGGCGGUUCCGUUUGCGUUCAUCACGCAGUAACUCCAGAGAGACUCCUGACAGCCCGCUCAGCCCCAGACCCACCGUGAUGGAGCCGGAAACAUCUGUGAUUAAAGAGAGAUUCGUUCCUCCAGAGCUCAGCAUCUGGGAUUACUUCAUCGCAAAGCCGUUCGUCCCUCCGUCUGGCAGUGCAGUGGAGUAUGACUCUGAUGAGAGCCAGGGCAGCGAGGAGGAAGAGGAAGAGGAGGAGGAGGAAGAGGAAGGAGAUGCGUUUGAUUCAAACUCUCCAAUGACUGAACAUUCCAACAACAACUCCUACAGCUGGUGUCUGAUGCGGUUGGCGAUGGUGCAGAUGAUCCAGAUCAACCUCAAGACCUUCUACCCAAUGGCAGGACACGACCUUUUAGACCUCCCGGUUUGUUCUCCGCUCUGUCACGCCGCUCUGAAGACUCUCCAGCGAUGGGAGCAGCUGCUGCUGAAGCGGAUGGAGGUGUUCGGAGGUCCUCCAUCAGAGCUGAUCUCCACACAGACGCUGGAGCAGAGUGUGUCCCCGGGGCCCGCGCUCCUGCGGCACAAAGCCCUGUUUGAGCCCGCAAACACACCCUUCAGGUCCCGCCGGCGCUCUGCUCUGCCCAUCAGACGGCUCUGGCAGUAUCUGGUGAAGCAGGAGGAGAUUCAGGAGACCUUCAUCAGGAACAUCUUCGCUAAGAAACGAGAUCAGAAUGAGGAGACUGACAGUGUGAAAGUGCCGCUGGAGUCCACACACACACAGAUUGAGGCUGAUCUGGGUUAUCCAGGAGGAAAAGCACGGAUCAUCCACAAGGAGUCCGAUAUCAUCACAGCGUUCGCCAUCAAUAAGGCUAACCGUAACUGUCUGGUGAUCGCCUCCACACAUGACAUACAGGAGCUGGACGUGUCCUCCAUACUCGCCACGCAGAUACUGACCUGGAUAGAUGAUGAGGCGGAGGCAGAGGUCAAAGGGACUGAUGAUUUUCUAGUGGUUCAUGCUCGUGACGACUUCAACACUCUGCACGGCACCACGCCGUACACACACAGCAGUCCCGGGACGCCCAUCAACAUGCCCUGGCUGGGCGGCGUGCAGACGGGCAGAGGAGCUGCUGUGCUCAUCAAGCGCAACAUCAACAACGUGAGGAGGAUGACGUCACACCCCACACUGCCCUACUAUCUGACUGGUGCGCAGGAUGGCAGCGUGCGCAUGUUUGAGUGGGGUCACUCUCAGCAGAUCACCUGCUACAGGAGCCCUGGGAACUCCCGCGUCACCCGCAUACGCUUCAACUACCAGGGCAAUAAGUUCGGGAUUGUGGAUGGAGAUGGAGCGCUCAGUCUCUGGCAGACCAGCACCUCAGGAAACGCACCCAAACCCUAUCUGACGCUUCAGUGUCACAAUAAGACAGCCAAUGACUUUGUGUUUGUGGGCUCGUCGUCUCUGAUCGCCACUGCAGGCCUGUCCACUGACAACAGGAACGUGUGUUUGUGGGACACGCUGGUCACUCCGGCCUACAGUCUGGUCCACGGCUUUGUGUGUCAUGACUCGGGCUCCACGGCUCUGGCUCUGGCCUGUAAGCAGCAGCUGUUGCUGAGCGGGGGCCGGCGGGGCUUCAUCACUCUGCUGGAUCUCAGUGUGAAGCUGCAGCGGCAGAGUUUCCAGGCGCAUGAUUCUCCAGUCAAAGCACUAGCGGUGGACUCCAGCGAGAGCUGCUUCAUCAGCGGGUCAGCGGAGGGCAACAUCAAGGUGUGGAGCAUGAACACACAGACUCUCCUGCACAGCUUCAUCAACGAACACUCGCGUCAGUCACUCUUCCGGAACCUGGGCACGGGCGUAAUGCAGAUCGAAUCGGCUCCAGCCAAUCAGCUGUUCUCCUGCGGCGCCGACGGAACCAUGAAGAUGCGCGUGCUUCCAGACGCUCUGAGCGGCACCGGCGCCAGGAACGACGUCAGGUUCAUCAUGUAGCACACAUUCAGGACGGCUUUUGCACACGUAGAGCGAGCAAUACCAGACAAACACACACACACACACGGAUCGGCCAAUCACAGGCGGUCCUGCUGUAGCCCCGCCCCAACAAGCACACCUCAUCAUCAUCAUAUUUAAAUAAACAUAUAAACACACACAUAUUUAUCCAUCAAUCACACACUGCAACACAACACUCCUCUUACUGUGAGAUAUCUGAAUAUUCUCAAAUCCAGAAGCGUUUGCUGGACGAGAGUAAAAUAUAGUCUAUUAUCAGAGAUGAAGAGUCCAAAUGAGGAGAGAUUUAUUCAAAACAAGCUGAAUAAUCUGACAAUGAAGAGAAUAAUCUGACAAUGAGGAAGCAGAGUAAUCCUGUUUAUCCUUUUGACAUCAGAUUAUUCUGCUUCCUCUAUCAUCAGAUUAUUCAGCUUG